ACGAAGAAGAAAAGAAAAAAUUACACCAAAAAAGAGCAAAAAUGGCGUUGCAAUGGAUGAUAUUGACGUACGUGGUGGCAGCAGAGGCAGCAAUAGCUAUUCUGCUAACAUUGCCAUCUCCUAAACCUCUCAAAUCUCGUUUUGUUUCACUAAUUUCACUUGCCCUUCAACCCUCUCUUUUCGUCGUCCCUUUCUCUGUUUUUCAGCUCCUCGAUAUUUAUUGGAAAAAUGAGCAUCGAUUGAUGUGUACGGGUGAGAUUUGCACAGCUUCCGAGAGGGACCGCUAUGAGAAAUCGAUCUACAAGGCUCAAAGAAAUGUGAUCCUAUGUUUAGCGGCAUGCCUUCUCUACUGGUGUAUCUAUCGUGUUUGCAAGUACUACAAGGAGAUACAGAGCAUUGAAGAAGUAGAAAAGAGAUACAAAGACCAGUAGCUGUCUAUCUAUGCACCAAUCAUAUUAUUCAAGGCUACUUGUAGCUGAAGUAACAUCUACACCAUGCAAUGUUAACAUAUUAUGAGUCUUGUGUUUGCUUUACAAGCCAUCAUUAUGAAUCUUUUACUACUACAUAUUGAAAAGAGUUUGCGAAAGAGAAGAAAGUCUUAACAAUAUAUGGAAAUUUCUUUAUAAUUCACUUUCC